UUACACCCCUGUUGUGCACACAGUCAUUGAAUGUGUAUGAGAUAGAAGAAUGCACAUAUAAAGUUUAUUGGCGGAGGAUGUUUAUUUUCUACCCGAGUUAUUUAUUAUUACCAUUCGUUGUCUUGUUGGCUUGAAAUUUAGCUUUCUGGUUUAAUUACCCUGAAAAAGAUUCACUGAACGCAGGUUGUGAUCUCCAGUAUUGGUGCCCAUCAUGGCAGGAGGCAUCACAGAGACCGGGGAGCUCUACUCCCCGUAUGUGGGCUUGGUGUACAUGUUUAAUCUGAUCGUGGGCACGGGGGCACUGACGAUGCCCAAGGCCUUUGCCCAAGCAGGUUGGGCGGUCAGCCUGGCGCUCAUCUCCUUCCUGGCGUUUAUGAGUUACAUGACCACUACGUUUGUGAUCGAGGCCAUGGCAGCGGCCAACGCUCAGCUGCGCUGGAAGAGGAGGGAGCAGGAAGAGGUCCAAGACAACGACUCCACUUCUGAUUAUUCGGAUGAUGAUGUCCGGGGACGAUCAGAGCCAGAGACGAGGCCCAUUUUGUCAGUCCAGCGAACAGGAGGACACGUUGAUCACUUUGACAUUGUGGAGAGGGUAGAGAUGGGUCAAAUGGCCUCCAUGUUCUUCAACAAAGUUGGUGUCAACAUGUUCUACAUCUGCAUGGUAGUCUACCUGUACGGAGACCUGGCCAUCUAUGCUGCUGCUGUGCCCAUAUCACUAAUGGAAGUAGCCUGUGGUAACCACUCAUGCAGUGCUGGCAGUGUGAAAUACGACGACACCGACUUGUGCUGGGGGCCUGUCACCAGGAAAGACGCCUACAAGGUGUUUUUGAGCAUCUUCACCUUGAUGUUGGGUCCUUUCGUCUUCUUCGAUGCUCAGAAGACUAAAUACCUCCAGAUACUCACCUCACUCAUGCGCUGGAUCGCGUUCACCAUGAUGAUUAUCCUGGCUCUGAUCCGUAUUGGUAAAGGCCGGGGCGAAGGCCACCCCCGUAUGGCCCAGAUCUCUGGGGUGCCAAACCUGUUUGGAGUGUGUGUCUACUCCUUCAUGUGCCAGCACUCCCUGCCCUCCCUGGUGACGCCCAUCUCUGAUAAGAGGCGUGUGGGUACCCUGGUGGUGUGUGACUAUGUCCUCAUCCUUGGCUUCUAUGGCCUGCUCUCCUUCACAGCCAUCUUCUGCUUCGACAGCUCGCUGCUACACGACAUGUACACCCUCAACUUCACUGACAACUGUGACGUGCUGGACAUCCCCGCUUUGCGCUACUUCCUGGGCCUCUUCCCCGUCUUCACCAUCAGCACCAACUUCCCCAUCAUCGCAGUCACGCUGCGCAACAACUGGAAGACCCUCUUCCACCGCGACGGGGGCACCUACCCCUGGGUGGUUGACCGCAUCGUCUUCCCCCUCAUCACCCUGGUGCCGCCCAUCAUCGUGGCCUUCUGUACCCACAACCUGGAGUCCUUGGUGGGCAUCACGGGCGCCUACGCUGGCACGGGCAUCCAGUACGUCAUCCCCGCCCUGCUGGUGUACUUUGGCCGGCGCCACCUGGUGCCUAUGCUGGGCACGGACGAGGUCAACAAGCACCAGUCCCCGUUCCGCCACACCUUCUGGGUGUGGUUUGUAGUGGUUUGGGCUACCUUCUGCCUCAUGUUUGUCACAGCCAACAUCAUCCUGGAGGACACCAAGAAAUGAGGACACGGACUGGUUGUGAAAGACCGGUUUCUCUGUGUGGGUGUCUUGUAUUUCUACAUUCUCUCUACCUGAGGCCUUCCAGAACAUGGUACAGGUCGGACGGUGUGCCUUUUUAUGCUGCUCUUGUAGCAUGGGAAACCUUUUUAAUUACAGCGGUAAUCAGCAGUUGAAACCAUUAUC